UGAAGAAAGAGGCACGGGGAAGCAGAUUUCGAAGCGACCGCGCCCAGAAUAGAUGUCUCCAGCCAUGACCUCUAAAUGACUUGACGUCCAUGGCUGGCGGAAGCUAUUGAGACGCCAUUGCUUGGCCGGGACACGACCGUCGACCAGCCCCUCCGUGCGUCCGUCGUCCUCUACCUGCUGGCAAGGAAAGGCAGGCCCCGAUCCAAGGCCAUGGGGAAGCACGACCACCACCACCACCACCACGACGUGGAGGCGUGCUACCCGUCGGGGCCCGACGGGUACAUGAUCGAGAGCCCGGAGCUGCGCUGGGCCUUCAUCCGCAAGGUGUACGUCAUCGUCUCCAUCCAGAUGCUCGUCACCGUGGCCGUCGCCGCCGCCAUGAACCUCACCGACUGCGUCCGCAACUUCUUCCUCUCCCGCACCCCCGCCGCCCUCGUCGCCUUCAUCCUCAUCCUCAUCUCCCCCCUCCUCGUGAUGCUGCCCAUGGUCUACUUCCGGCAGAAGCACCCGGUGAACCUGGUGUUCCUGGGCAUCUUCACCGUGUGCGUCAGCCUGUCGGUGGGGCUGGGGUGCCUCACCAAGCGCGGGCCCAUCAUCUUCGAGGCGGCGGGCAUGACGCUCGUCGUCGUGGUCUCGCUCACCGCCUACACCUUCUGGGCGGGCAGGCGCGGCCACGACUUCGAGUUCCUGGGGCCCUUUCUCUUCGCCGCAUGCGUCAUCCUCAUGCUCUACGCCAUCGUCAUCAUCCUCUUCCCCAUGGGCAAGACGGCCGUGCUCGUCUACGGCUGCAUAGCCGCGCUCAUCUUCUCCGCCUUCAUCAUCUACGACACCGACAACCUCAUCAAGCGCUACACCUACGACGAGUACGUCGCCGCCUCCAUCACCCUCUACCUCGACAUCAUCAACCUCUUCAGGGCCAUCCUCAUGGCCCUCGAUGCCGCCGACUGAUCUUGAUCGGAGCAAACCAGCCAAACCUAACAUGAUGAUUCAUUCGUCUCUGCCUGCCUGGCACAUGUAUGUAUGCUAAACUAGAUACCGCAUGUAGAUUACCAUGGAUGGAAAGUUAUUACGUGCUCUCAACA